CUUUAUUGCAUGAUUGCAAAAAAAUGUAACGUAACUAUAAUAACAACUACCGGUGUGAAAACAGAUUAUUAUUUUGGCAACCUAUUUACCAACGACCGGUGCGAAAACGGGUGUCUAAAUAUAUUAUUAUCGUUUAGCGUAAUCAAAAUACACACGCAUUUGCUUACGCACCGGUGCUGAUAGUCUUACAGAGGUUUUUCAGUAAUAACGUUAACAAAACACUUCAAGGGAUUUGUUUUGCUUUAGGAAUAUUCUAGCUAGAGAAUUGCCAAUUUCCUUUAUCGAAAUUAUGCGAUAUGGAGGACAAUACGAAGAAGGACACACACUUCGAGCAAUACGAACAGCUUUUAGCACUGGCAAAACAACCUCUGGUGCAGAACAAUGAGCCAACUAAAUGCUACCUUUGUAGUAAGAUGACUCCCGCAGAAGCAGGAAUAAUCCUUGCAAACUGUCUUCACACGUAUUGUAAGCUGUGUAUGACGAAUUCGUUACUUCAAGCCACAACCGAACAAUGUCCCUAUCCUUAUGGGCGUUAUGAGUGUGAUGGAAUGCUGCUGGAUCAGGAAAUAAAGUCGCUGCUAAGUCCCGAAGAGCAAAAUAACUUGCUCAAACGUGUUUUCGAUGCGCUUGAACUGAGUGAUACAAUCGAAGCACCGACACCGAUGGUCGCUCAGGAUCUUGAUCUUCUGGUAACCCUUUCGGAUGCAUCAAUCGUACCCAACUUGCAACCUUUUGACUGCCCCAUUUGCUUCGGCUCGUUUGACGCUUAUGAGGGCGUAAUUUUGCGUGAAUGCUUCCACAGCUUUUGUAGACAAUGUCUACAAAGCUCUAUCAAGUUCGCCGAAGACGUUGAAAUUAAAUGUCCAUUUCAAGAGAAUGGUAAUGCCUGCGAAAAUUUAAUCGAACAUCGUGAAAUAAAAAGCCUGCUCAAUGAGGAAAACUACAACACCUAUUUGGCGCGUUGCUUACAGAAGGCGGAGAGUUCAGCCGACAAUGCGUUUCACUGUAAGAAACCGGACUGCACCGGAUGGUGUCUGAUCGAGGACGCAGUUACCGAGUUCAAGUGUCCAGUAUGUCAGGCGACUAAUUGUUUGCAAUGCAAGGUUAUCCAUUCCGGCAUGAACUGCGAAGAAUACCAGGACAGGCUGAAUGGUAACUACGAAAUCCGACGAUCAGAACGGGCCAUGGAUAACUUAGUGGCAGCCGGUGAAGCAAUGAAUUGUCCCAAAUGCAAAAUUCUAAUAGCGAAGAUCGCAGGUUGCGAUUACUUGGUAUGCAGUAUGUGUAAAACAGGUAUCUGUUGGGUCACGCGAGGCCCUCGUUGGGGACCGUUGGGAGCAGGCGAUAAAAGUGGUGGUUGUCAGUGUGGUCUGAAUGGCCGAAAGUGUCAUCCAAGUUGCAACAAUUGUCACUAAUGCUGAUUUUCGAGUGCAAGCUUGUUUUUUUUUGUAUUUCGUUUAUUUGACACCCUUGCAAGCUUGUUGUUAUACAUGUGUUUAUAUGAGCUGGAAUCUAGUGAAUAAAACAUGUUUCGUACUUUCUAA